AUUCCUACACCUGCCCCGGCCCCGGCCCCUUCGCCUUCAUAUGUCAAUGUUCCUACAUCAUCACCUCCGGCUGCAACGCAAGCAGAUGAAAAAUCAAGAACAUCUCUUGCAAUCAUACUAUCUGCAGCCAUUGGAGGCUCUGUACUGCUCCUACUUUCAAUCGCCGCCAUCUUGUGCUAUCGAAGUGGCAGAGUCGCGGCAGUGAAGCCGUGGAGAACGGGAUUAAGUGGACAUCUUCAGAGAGCAUUAGUAGCUGGGGUACCGAAGCUCAGGCGAUCUGAACUCGAGGCUGCUUGUGAAGACUUCAGCAAUGUGAUCGGUUCUUUAUCGGUUUGUACUCUGUAUAAAGGCACAUUGUCCAGUGGCGUCGAGAUAGCAGUUGCUUCUAUCGACACGGCGUCUUCGGCUGAAUGGUCGAGCAGCGUCGAAUCCCAGUUCAGGACAAAGAUUGAUACACUGUCGAAGGUGAAUCACAAGAACUUCGUAAGCCUGAUUGGAUACUGCGAAGAAGACGAGCCUUUCACUAGGAUGAUGGUUUUCGAGUACGCCCCCAAUGGAACUCUCUUCGAGCAUCUACACAUAAAAGAAGCCGAGCAUUUGGACUGGGCCGCACGGCUGCGAGUGGUGAUGGGAAUCGCGUACUGCCUCGAUCACAUGCACCGGAUGACACCACCAUUAUCCCACAGAAACUUGACCUCUUCGUCCAUUUACCUAACCGAAGACUACGCAGCCAAAGUAUCCGACGUCAUAUUUUGGGACAAAGGUCCUGCAGUCGAGCGCCCCUCCACUCCCCCAACCGACGUGUACAGCUUUGGCGUUCUGCUGUUUGAAAUAAUCACCGGAAAGCUCCCAUACUCGUCUGGCGAUGAUUGGCUCGAGGACUGGGCAUUUGAUUACCUUAGGAGUGUGCAAUCCCUUACCGAAGUGGUCGAUCCAACUCUGGGAACAUACAGAGAUGAUCAGCUUCAGCAGCUUAAGGGAGUGACAGAGUCCUGCACUAAUCCUGACCCGCGGCAACGGCCAUCUAUGGCUGAUGUUUGCACAAGGCUGAGGAUGAUAACAGGGAUCGGAACUGACAGUGCCGUUCCUAAGUCGUCGCCUCUCUGGUGGGCAGAAGUUGAGAUACAGUCUACUGAGGCUGGGUAAAAAUUGAACCAAGGUGACAGAUAUACAGAUGAACUAAAUUACUGUAAUUAUUUUACUGAAAAUUUCAAUAUGUUUUGAGGUAUAUAACAAGGCAUGACCAUGUAAGUUCAGCAAUA